AUGCGUCGCACGCGCCGCCAGAUCCGGCAGGUGGUGAUAGAGAGGGAGGAGGAUGAGGAGCAGCAGAGCACGUCGGAGGAGGAAGAGGAAGAGGAGGAGGAAUAUGUCGAGGUGCCACGUUCGGCGUCGAACGGGGUUCGUUCAAAGGAAGGAACUAACGGCCGCGCUCGUGGCGGUAGUAGGUCCGACGAAUCUGAGGAUGAGGAGGAGGAGGGCGACGACGAGGAGGAAGAUGCGGUUCCGGGGAAGGCGGAACGACGUGGCGGUCGCAGCAGAGGCGGCGGGGGUGCGGCGGAAGGGGCGUCGGCGCAUGGCAUGGCGGGGGAAGAAGCGGAGGAGGCGGAAGGAGGGGGGGGCAGGAAAGGGAAAUCGUCGCGGAUCAAGCUGAAUCUCAAGAGCAAGGCUUCUGGCGUGUGCAGGGUACGUGGAGGGUACGUGGAGAGUGCGUGGAGAGUGUGUGGCAGCAAGGGCCACGAGGCUGGUUUCGUUGGCUCUGUCUACGUUGACUGUCCCAACCGCCCCUGCUUCCUCUGCAAGCUGCCAGGGCACACGACGGCCACGUGUCCGCACCGUGUGGGAGCAGAUGGAGGCAGUGUGGCAGUGCAGGGCGGGCGCACACACGAGGGGGUGCUACACACCGUGCAGCAGCGCCAGAUUACGGGCAUGCUGCCACGGGUGGCGCGGCACAGGAGGGUGCUGCCGAGUGUGGUGGAGGCGGCGGUGAUAGCGCUGCACAUGAGGCGCAUCACAGUGCUGGAGUUCCAUGCUGUCCGGGACGACGUGCUGCUGUCCGGAGACAAGAGGGGGCACAUAGGGCUGUGGAACUACGAGAGGGAGAGGGACACAACAGUGCAUCAGAGCGCGCACCAGUACCAGAUCAGCGCUCUCAGGCACCGCCCAACGUGUGAUGAGGUGGUGCUAUCCUCGUCACUGGACGGCAAGGUGUGCCGGGUGGACAUAGAAACAGGCCAGGCCACCGUGCUGGCGAAUCUCAACCCGCUGGGCUGGCAGGGCGACGAGCGCACCUGGGGGAGCUUCUAUGCCAUGGACGCCCCUGCACGUGACGGCGGUGCUCUGGUGGUCGCUGGGGAUAACUUCGGGUGCAUUCACUUGCUGGACGAGCGGGUGGAGGAGCGGGUAGCAGCGGGUGUGGCGGGGUGCCAUGCAACGCGCACCAAGGUGGUGUCGCUGCAUCUCAAUCCCGCUGACCCGCACCUGCUGCUCUCUGCUGGCUCCGACCACUGGAUGCAUCUAUGGGAUGUGAGACAGCUGUCUCCACAGCACCGCAUUGCCUCCAUGCAGCACCCACGUGUGGUCAACAGUGCUUACUUCUCUCCUAUCACAGGAACUCGGAUCCUGAGCACGUGUCAGGACAACAGGUUGCGGGUGUGGGACAGUGUGUUCUGCGACUUGAAGCAGCCCAGCACCACCAUCGUGCACUCCCACGACUUCAACCGCUACCUCUCGCCCUUCAAGGCCCACUGGGACCCCAAGGACGAUGCAGAGCGCGUGGUGGUGUGUGGGCGGUACAUAAGCGACGACUACAAUGGAGUGGCGUUGCACCCCAUUGACUUCCUGGACGCCUCCUCGGGUGCUCUGCUGGGCUCGGCCGUGGAUCCCCACCUCACCACCAUCUCGCCCGUCAACCUGCCACACCCCCGCUGCGACCUCCUCGCUACCGGCAGCUCCAGAUCUAUCUACCUGUGGACAGUACCUGAAGAUGCGGAGGAGGGCGAAGGGGAGGCAACCGGGGAAGCAUCUCAGCAAGGAUAUGGGGGCACGGGGAGAGCAGGGCAGCAGCAAGCAGCGUCUUCUUCGUUUGGCAACAGAGGCACGAUUCGCAUUCCUAUGCGGGGGGAGGAGGAGGGAGGGGAGAUACCAUGCCUGAGAGUGUAA